AUGGGAAAUGCAAUAGCCUAUUCAAGCGAGGUGUUAUCAAGUCCUGACUCGGGUUGGAAAAUCUCAUCAUCAUGGCAUCAUGAGAUCAAUGAUUUUCAGACUCCAAGAGUAUCCAUGGCUUGUUGCUGGAAAGCCUCUGAACCCUCAACAAAGCAUGAUGAUAAAACACAUCGAUACUUGGACUUUCACGGGAAAACAAUACCAUGCGAGAUUUUGCAUAUGAUUGCAUCAUAUCUCAGUAUGAGACAUAUUCAGCGUUUCAUUGCUCCAAUUUCCAAAGCAACAUACUAUGAUUUCUUUUUGAAUCCCCUCUCUAUGCACUGGAGAAUGUUAAACUUUUCCGAUGAUUGGACUCUCACCGAUCAUCAACUAUUGUUCUAUUUGAAUACUAAUCUCCUUACAAAUACUGAGACUCUUAUUUUGAGAAGAACAUGCAUAACUUCAUUGUCGUUGAGACCACUAGCGAAAGCCUUGCACGAUCAUCAUUUGCCUCAAAUUCGUAUGGUGGAUAUUCGUGGUUGUUUUAUGGCUUCAUAUCAAUUACGAAUGGAAAUGAAGUUGACUCGUCCAGAGGUGGUUGAGAUGGAUUCCACACCCAAGUCUCAAAUUCUACGAUCCAGUGAUUCCAUGGUUGGUGACUUGAACUUUAUUUUGAACACAGCUGGAUUAAGGUCAUUGGAUGCUGAACAUCAGCUACAUCGAGGAUUUGAUUGCAGAAAUUGUUUUUGCUCAUUCUGCUGUGAAUACAACUCUAAAAUGAAGUUUCUGUUGACAGCAACAGGUUCCUCGUGUGUGGAUUGUGCAGCCUUUACAUUUAAUUUUACCUUUUUGGAUUGUUAUGACCUUCCUGAUGACCAAAUAGAUCCACGAAAUUGUCAAGUUCUAUGUUGCACGAGUGCGGAUUUUGUAUUUUCCCAACACCACUUGAGAUAUAUUUUGUGCAAAGUUCGAAGGUACAGAAACCUUCGAGAUACCAAUAACAGCUCUCUCUCUCAGUUAGUUUUCAGAAAGAGCGUCGAGAUUACCAUGGCAGGCAAACAUUUUACACAGUUAGAAUGUGUCAUGGAUGGUAAGGGUCCUGUUUUGAUAUUUUGUAACAAAGACAACGACGGCAUUGUUGUAGUAGAGAGCUGUUUCGGUAUGGUUCUCAUGUCCUUCGACAGAUACAUUGAACGAAGGGAUUGCAUUAAGGCAUGCAGAUUUAUGGCAGUCAACUUGAGUUUGGAUUUUGCCGACUUGGUACUUUCGAGCUCUCCACUUUCACACUUUACAUGUAGGAAAGACCAAUAA